GGAUCAUUGGUCCAGUCAUGACUUUUUGAGUGCGAAUCUCAGUUGGCGGGGGUGGUUCUUCAACAACCCGACCCGGUUUUAUCGAAUGGGGGGGCGAGCGAACCGUUCCUCCACCACCGGGGAGUCUGGAUGCUGCGCCUCGAGUCGGCCGGCGCCUGACGGCGUGCAGGAUGUCAGUUUGACAUGCCGAGGGAAGCCAAGGCGGAUUCACCCUUGGGGAGAGACCCUUUCCGUCACCGCGUCCAUCGAGACCCAGAGUCUGGUCCAAGAUCUCCGUGGACCUUUUGCCCGGGACCUUCCUGAGGGAGUGGUGAAAAUCGAUGCCGACCCGGACAACGUCGCCGACCUACACUACGAGACGGCAUGCAGGGUGCGUGGGUGCCUGGCCGGCGUCAGUCGCUCAAUGUUACCGUGGCGGCAGAUCGGGCGUGCAGAAUCUGAAAACACCAAUCGCUCGUCAUCCUCCUCGGAUGCGCUUCCAGAAAAAGACUCUCUUUUGUCCAUGUUGAAGACUGACCGGCUUUCUUCGCGUCACACAAAAGCGUCGAUCAGAGAGUCUCGAAGGUCUUGUCCUCUUAGCGGGAACCCAUUCGAGUCCUCGGGGACGCGCACCAGUCUCAGUCUGCGUCAGUUCCACCCCGUUGCGCGAGACUUGGAUCGCGAAAAGCCAGGCCAAAUGCGGGUAUGUCAUGGGAGGAAAAGAGACAAGGCGGCCGCCGCCCCGGCCCAGCCCAAGGUGUGUCGUUAUUGUGGCUGAGCUGCAAGGAGAGCGGCUGCACUCCACACGCGGGAACGCGGCGACCCGAUAAGGAAACGCGGCGUCGCUUCGGGUUUAGUGCCCCUUCGCCUACCCCUGCCCUCUUCACUCUUCAUCAGCCAUCUCGCCACCGAGGGGUUGUCGACGGGGUUCGAGUCAACAGCGAGAAGGACGAGGGGGACGAGACGGGCAAUACACCGAAGCCCCCGACGAGCUGGCGGGGGUUUGGCUGGCGG